AUGUAUGACACUAAAUUGACCUCUGGUGCAGCGCCUCAAGGAUAUCAGAGCGCCGCUCCUCAAGCGCAGAGCCAGUGGGCAGCGCCUACCCAGGCCCAGACUCCGAUACAACAACAAUGGGGUCAGCCGCAACAGCAGGCGGCGGGAGGUUAUAAUCCUGGUACAUAUGGCGCAAUGCCAGGCGGAUACUCGCAAGCACAGCAGACUCCUACCCAAACCGCAACCGCCUACCACUCGCAGCAGCAAGACGUACCACCUCCGCCACCGCCCAAACCAGCUGCAUUCGCUGCCUCCUCCCAACAAACCAACACCCAGAACUGGGGACAGCAGACUGGAUACGGCGCUCAGCAGAACACUGGGUAUACAACACAGGGGCAGCAGGUUGGAUAUGCUCAACCAAGCGGAUACCAGAGCCAAGGCGCGACACAACAAUCAUACAACACCGCCGCUCCUCCUCCUCCAUCACAGACUCCAGGAGGCUCAUAUUUCCCGCCCUCGCAGACACCGCAAGCUGGAGGACGGCCUGGUUCCAUAUAUGGUACUGAUCAGGCAGGCACUUACGCGGCGCCAUCCUCUGCAGUCGCGCAGCAUCCCCCCAGCUCCGUGCUGAGCCCAAACGAGCAUAAUCCCGCGUACAUACCUCCUUCGCUGACUGGCCAAGGCGUCCAAUCGUACGUCCCCUCGAACACCAAUCCAAUGCCCGGCGUAUACGUUCCUCCGCCUCCCGAUAUACCAGCUUGGCAACAAGCAUCGCAUGCGCCUUUGCAGGGGGGGAAGAAGUUCAAAUACACAAAGCCGGCACCAAUUCCGAACCUUUAUGGACAAGGGCAACAAGGUGUUCCGCAGGGGCAGAACGGGCAACAAGCUGCAUACCCAGCGCAUCAAUAUGGGCAGAAUCAAUACGUUGGAGGAGGACAGGCUCAACAGAUGGCCCCAUAUGGACAGCCUGUGCAAAGCCAGUAUACUCAAGGCCAAGCACAGCAACAGGGCCAGUAUGGAGGAGAUGCGCAAUCACAAUACGGUCAGCCAGUCCAGCAGGCACAAUACUCCGCUCACCCUGCUCCUCCGUAUCAGCACCCCCAAGAUCAGUCCACCCAGCCUCAGCCAUAUCAGCAGCAACAACAAAGCCAAUGGCAACCGACGCCUCCAGCCGACCACAAUUACACGCAGCAGCAGACAUGGCAACCUGGACACCAGAAUCAAGGUUCGGUUGUUGGACAGCAAUAUCUGCAAGGACACAGUCAGGGAAUCGAAGCUCCAACACCAAUCGGCAGACAAACUGGCACGACACCACCAGGAUUCGUUAACGAGCCAAGCCCUCAAAGUCAGCCGGUAUCGCCGCUACAGCAUCGCGUCAGUACGGACUUCACCUCUGCUGGGUUGGGACGACAGGGCUCAGUCAGCUCUAUAGCUCUUGGGGCUAUACACGCUCAACGCGCAGGCAAUCGAACCGAGUCUCCAAAACCGCAACCGCCAAAGCUACCAGUAUCUCUGCCGCCUCGAGAUCCCGCAACCAAAUUCAGCGCGCUAGGAACAGGUGGUCCCUCAGACUGGGAGCAUUUUGGUGGAGCUGAAGAGGUUGACGACGAAGAACUGUUUGGAGCAAAGAGAGAUGGGAGGCAAGGUGUACCUGUGCAACUGGAUAGUAUGGAGGUGCCAUCGCAGCAGGUAUCCCCGCCUCGACCGCAAGGCGAAUGGCCUACGCCACCCGUGCAGCCGGCAUCGACGGCGUCCUCGAACCGUGAUAACUAUGAGCCUACGCCCCCACUGAACGCCCAGGGCCCACCGUCUCAACCGCCACCGCAAGGCUUCGCUAUGGGCGACACGCCACUUUCGCCACCGCCUCAGCAGAGUUUUGUCAUUGGUGAUGCAGCAGCAGCUACUCAAUCACAUCCACAGCAGAACUUCGUCGUAGAUGAUGCUGUUGUUGCACCGUUGCGAGUCUCGCGACCAUCUUCUCAAGGAAACACCCCAGCCCAACAGCAAGCACAGCACCCGCCGCCACCAGCAGCAAACACUUCUUUUGCAAUAGAUGACAGCGGAUGGGUUCGACAGCGUACUCCACAAGCGAAUGAACAGCAGGCCAGCGCUUCGCAUGCUGCGGAACUAAAGACCAAAGAUGAAGCUUUAGAACGUCUGCGAGCAGAUGCCGAGCAGAAAGAGACCGAUUUGCACGCCGAGAUCGAACAAUUGAAGGUCGUCAUUGAAACUACUAAGACCCAUGCAGAGUACGAGAGAAAUGUGUUGGCCGAGCAGAUCGAGUCAAUGAAGGCUGCUGCGCAACAAACAAAGACUAAUACUGAUGCUGCAAACAAAGAGAAGGAUCUCACGAUCGGGCGAUGGAAGGAAGACUCUGAAGGCAAAGAAGACACAAUCAUGGAAAGGGAUGCAGAGAUCAACAGGCUACGAGAUGAAUUGAGGACGAAGGAAGACACCAUUGCAAAAGGUCACACUGUGGUUGACGAUCUCAAGAAGCAGCUCGAAGUCAGGAACAUCGAGAUUGAUAAUCUAAAGCAACAAAUUGAAAACAACCAGACCGCAGAAGGGUUGGCCAAAGACUUGAAGCAACAGCUUGAGGCGGAAAGGUUAAAGGAGCCACCUAAACCCACGCCAGGAGCUCUGAUUCCCGACCUUGACCCCUGGUAUGCUGGGUCUCUCGAGCGGUACAUCACGAUGCUGCGAAGCGAGGCACAAGAGGUGCAGGUCGAAGACAAGAUUAAUGUCUUUACAGGCUUCCUCAAGGCUGAGUCAAGUGCUCGAGGCCUUGAUUAUCACAACGCACCUCCACCGCAGCCUGUCAGUCAGCCACCGCAGGAGAACGUACAACCGCCAGUGGUCUCGCAUACAGACUUGACCGCGUCUACGAAAGCUAGUGACCUUAACGUUCAGGUACCUCCUAUGGACCCUCUCGAGGAGGAUGACAUUCAAUACAGCCCAGGCGGUCGACCGAUCGUGCAACAUAGGCCUACGCUAAAAACCGAAGGAUUUAGUCGUCCACACCAAUCGUUCAGUGUGUCUAGCCAAUCAACCACUGUCCUUACACCAACAAGCUCUCAGGACGAUAGCGCGAGCAAGACACCCACGUCAGUCCAAUCGCCACCUACAGAGCCACAGACACAGUCGCAGUACAAAGCGUAUGUUCCGUCAAAUGUGACUCUUACGGAUCCUGUGCUAAAUAUGCACCGUCAAUCGCUUUCUUCUACUACCCCUCCCGUGCUCAAUCCGGCUUUGUCAUAUGGGACCAAGAAGGACGAGGUCUUCUUUGGCGCACCAACAGGAACUUCUUCGCCAUCCAGCAGGCCAAACACAGGUGCAAGCGCGACUCCCGACGUACAGGUCCCAGCGCCUUUAUUCACCCAGCAUCCUCUUGCGAUAGCUGCAAAGUCAGCACCCAAGGCCAACCCGGUCGAUAAGCUGAUAAAGCUUCUACCAACCAAGGUAGGGAUGCCGCGACCGAACCCACAGCUAGAGGCGCUCCGUAAGAAACUUGCCGAAUUCCCAUCAGACCUGCCUUCUCUUCAAGCAGUGACCGUUCCCUGGGAGAAAUCCGCUUCUCUCGUACGCAAAAAGAACGACGAAGCGCGUCGCAAACGCCAAGAAGAAUCCGAGCAGGAGACUGACCAGCUGUUCAACGACCAUGAGAUCUCAUACGCUGACAUCGCCGUGAUCGAAGAUGAGUUUAAAGAGAAGGAAAGCAAACUCAAGGCUGAUGAAGAUCGCAACGAGUAUCAGUCUUACGUUGAGACAGUGUUCGACAAAGUCUAUGGCGGGCUCCAGCAGCAGAUCAAAUAUCUCAUGGACUUGUCACGCGAGACAGAAGGCCUGCUCUCUACGGCUGUGUCGGGUGUAAAGAGCUUUGAAGGAAGUGACGCAGCGACUGUCGAGGACUGUCUGAAGCUGCUGGAGGACUUGUUUCCGGAGAUCGAACAGCGGCACGACAAGGUCGUAGAGGCGGUAGUACAACGGGACAAGCGAUACAAGAAGACAGAGAUCCAGCCGUUAUAUGCAGCAGGCAAUAUCACAAAGAUGAGGCAGGUUGAGAAGCACUUUGCCAACGCUGAGAAGGAAGCUGCACAGCGCGCCCGCACAGAGAAAGCAGACCGCGUGGCGGAGUUUGUGCGUAUGGUUGAAGCAACAGUCAUCACAGCUGUUGGUGUUGAGCAGCAAGAGAUUCAGGAGAUCAUCACUGCUGUGCGCGAUUUGCCUUCUUCUUUGGAUAACGAGAAGCUGCGCGCGAGGGCAAAGGAGACUGUGCUUGCGCUGGGAGACUCGUCGAAAGCUCUUCUCAUGCUGUUGAACGAUAUCGAGAUCGACAUCGGCGGUUCCAUCCUCGAAGCCGAACUUGCAGAAGCCAAGUCCGAAAACCAACCUGAAAAGGUGGCUCGGCUCGAGAAACAGAUUCUGGAUCGCGAAAAGGAACUCAAGGAAGAGAUCAAGCGGAAAGAGGCAGUCCUAGACCAGGAUCGUAAUGAGAUCGACGAGCUUGCCCAGGCGGAGGUUAGCAAGCCUGCGGAUGGAGGUGGUGUUGAGUUGAGCGAGGAGGAGCUUAAGAAGGAGAGAUUGAGCAAGGCAUUGGAGGCUGCGAAGCGGAGGAAUGGGGACCUUUGA